AUGAAUAAUUUAAUUUCAUAUGAAGAAGGUGGUGUUGACGCAUCAAUUUUGCUCAAUUCUAACAACUUUUCGAACGUUAAACGUGGGUUUAAUGCUUCCACAUUGGAAAUACAAAAUUCCUUAAUUGCUUGUAAAAAAGAGCUUUUUUCUAUGAAAAAUGAAGUAUUGAUAAACCUGGAAAAUGGGUUAAAAUGUUUUUCAACUAAAAUCGAGAGUUUACCAUCAACAAUUACGGAAAAGAAGUCCACGAAACUUAAAUUGCAAAAUGCAAUUCAAAUAGUUAAUAAUAUUAUCUUUCUGAAAAAAUGUGAUAAAGAUUUCACAUUGGGGAUGUCUCGCAAGGAUUACGAGUUUUGUGCCACUUGUAUUUCCAAAUAUUUAAAAAUUAAAUCUUCAUGUGUUAGUUUUGAAAAGAAAAUUUGCGAGGAAUUAGACAAUGGAAGGCAAACACUCUAUUUGCAGCUACAGGAAUUAAUCGAAGAAAAGUUGUCUGCUGGGGAGUUGGAUAAGGCUAUUUAUUACGCGAAAUUAUUUGUGCCUAUUGGUAUGCCAGUGGAGGGGCUAGAAAGGUACAUUAAAUACAUUAGAGGAAAUAUAACGGAUAUAUGUAUAUCAAUGUAUAAUGAAGCAUUGGCAAAUUAUAAAAAAACAUCCGAAAAAAUAAAUUAUGCAGAUAUUUUUACGGGAUUAUUUGUCUCGAUAAUAAAUUGUAUUAAAGAACAUCAGGACAAAAUUUUGAAACUUUUUGUUACUCUUGAUGAUAACGAAGACCUAGAUGAACAGGUUUCUAAGCAAACUUUAGAUAAGAAUUAUGUGAUUUGGUAUUUUUAUACAGAAUUGUUGAAGGAAAUUAAUACUCAAGGAUCAAUUAUAAUAGAUAAAUUUGAGAAAGAAUACGAAAUAUAUUUGGACGAUAAAUGGGCCAAUAUCGAAAAUAUUGAUAUCAUUGAGAUGUCUAUUUCUCAUCGUGAGCUAGAUGGGUUUUUAGAAGAAAUGUCACAAAUUUGUCAUUUAUUUUAUAAAUUUAAGGUUUAUAUGAAUGAUUUGGUCAGCUCAUUUAUAAGUAUUAAUUCUCGCACAAAAGAAAUUAAGAAUCUUAAGGCAAAAAUGGUAAACGAACAGAUUCCAAACAAAAAUAACCUCUUUAUCAGGAUUGAUGAAAUGAGUAUUCAAUAUGUAUCUUGCGAAUAUGGAUACAUUAUUUAUUCUAUUAAUCAUGCGCUUAAUAACACAGACGAAGUUUCAUGGGAAGAUAAAGAUUCAUUGAUCUCAACAUUAGUGGAGGAUGUAUUUUUUUUGUUACAUAAGACAAUAAAUAGAUGCGUUUUAAUUGGAAACAUUAAAUCUUUAAAAUUGAUCAUUGUUCAUUUAAAUCAUAUUUUGCUUAAUGUGAUUAAACAAAAAAUAGUUCAGAAUCUACAAAACUCAAGGGCAAAUUAUGAAGUUUCUUUAGGUAAUAGUAAUGAAAGUAUUUCAAACUUUACAUUAAGUCAUUUAUUAGAAAUAAUAAAGCAAAAAAAUGAAAAUUGCCGAAAUUUAUCAAAUUCUAUGCACUCAUGGACUCAUUCAUUGAAUAAUUUGCAGGCUUGUAUAGAAAACUUGGAAAUACUUUCCGAAACUAUUAUUAGAGACUUUGAAUCAAGUUACAAUGAUUUAACAUAUUUCUAUAUUUGUAUAGAUGGAAAUAUCCCACUAGACGAUUCCGAAUUUAAAAUGAGGAGCGAGGAACUUGAAGACAAAAAUUCUACAAUUGAAUACAUUAAUAAAACUAUUGAACAGAUAAUUUCUGAAUUUAAGGUCAUUCAUGAUUAUUAUUCAAAAAUAUCGCUACAAAUUCUAAGUAAAAUCAGCAUUUCCCCCAUAUUAAUCCAGUUACACGAAGAGAUAUCAUUCGAUUUUUCUGAAAAUGAAAGUAAAGAUUAUUCACUAAAUCAAUCAUUUGUACCAGCAUUGACAUCUUCUCUUAAAGUAAUAAAUGAGCAUCUAAAAAAUUAUUACAACAACCAAAGUUCAGAAUUCAUCCUUUCUCUUAUGAUUGAAAGGAUCGUGCAAAAGAUCGAACACAUAGUAAUUAACUACCCAGAAAAGAAAAGAUUUACAAUCUAUGGUGCUCUUGUAUUUGAAAAUGAUGUUCGUAAUUUACUUUCAUAUACAAAUUCCCUUCUUUCUAUAAGUAUUAGACAUAAGUUUCUAAGACUUUUGGAAAUUUGCGACAUUUUAAAUAUAACAUCACUUGAUGAGCUUUCCGAUUUAUUGCUAACCGAUUUUCCUAGUAGAAAUUGGCAUCUUGCAAAAUCAGAUAUUUUGAAAACUUUAUUUUUAAAACAAGACAUUGAUCACAAUAAGCUUAGGGAAGUAAUUAAAAACUCUAGUCACUUCUUCAACUGA